GAUCAUCAUUUUCUGAGCACUAUUCAGUCAGAGAUUUCAAAGAUGGCGCAGCAAACUCAAAAGAAUGCCGGAUGGCUUUGUCAGUGGUGCCGUGUUAUGAACGGCAAACAUGCCCUAUGCUGUCAUCGAUGUGGCGGGAAAUGGUACGAGGUUGGAGAUUGCGAAGAAGCAGAUGGCUACUACGCAGCCUGGCCCAAAAGCCCGCGUUACACACAGGCAACAUGGGAGGAUGGUCAACAUCCGAAAUCCCCGAGACAGAGAAAGGGCAAAGGGCGUGGGAAAACACCCAGCCCUCGCCCAAAGCAGAAUCGACACAGAAAGGGAAAGAAGCCUCCACAGCAGGUGGAACAGCAUCCGCCCUCUUCUGUUCCAGCAGGAGCCCCAAUGAUGACGCCGAACACAGGACAGGGCACUCAGUCAUGGAUGGCUCUGUUUCAGAUGCAACAAGCGGCCAACCAGGCGGCACAGAAUGCGCCAGACCCUACACCAGCAGCCUCAUCGAAUGCAGCAGUGCCCCAGCAAAGUGCGGCCAUGAAGAAUUUACUGGCUUCACUCAAGAAGGACCAGGAGAAGCUCUCACCAGAGAACCAAGAACUGGUCAAGACUCUGCAGGAAGCAUUCGAAGCUCGUGCAAACCUCCACCAGAAAUGGAGGGCCUUCCUUUCGAUGAGUGUUGCGCAAUGGCAAGCCUUUACGUUGGAGUUCCAACAACAGGAGAGCAAUGCAUUGCAACAAAUCCAAGUGGCAAAAGACACUUUGUCUCAGGCCAAACAGAACCUCGAAAUGUCCAAGGAAGCAUUUCAUUCACCUCGGGAAGCCAAGGGAUCCAUGGAGGUUCAAGAUCUGAUGUCGGAGGAGGACGCCAACGACGAGUCCAGCUCGACCAAGCUCCAAGAGGGGUUGAACCAUCUCACAACCUCUCUACAGAACCUUCACCAAGCGGCAGAAGAUGCACAUGCGGUGGAACAAGCAGCGAAGAAAGCUCGCCUGCACGAUGCCAAAGAUGUUUCAGGCCUACCUGGUGGAAAAGCUUUGCAGCCUUUUCCAUCGCCCGGUACUGGCCAGGCCGUGUUGAUCUCCCUUGUCUCAGAUAGCCAAGAUGCCACUUCCAUGAUGCAGCAUGCUUCGCAGGUACACAACAAGCCUCACAGCCAUAAUGAACCUGGUGUCCCAACUUGGUACCCGUUACCAGACCGUGGAAACCUUCCUGCGGACGAUGAUGCGAAUGAAGAGGAAUCCUUUGAAGUUGAAUCAGACGGUGCAGAUGAUCCGGAACGUCCAAACGAAGAGGACCCUGACGACUCAGACCCCUCAGAGGAUCCGAUUCAGCCACCAAGUGACACCAACAAUCGCCAGUCUGCUCUCAUGUACCAUUUGGAUGAUCAUCCGAUUCAUGCUAUGCUGUACUGGACAGAAUUUGAACGAUUGAUGCAAGAAAUUUCACUGCACUAUCAAGUUGCAAGAGAGGAACUUCUGGACUCAUAUGAAUUGACGGCUAUGCUCAAUGACAGCAGGCACAUGACGACUGAAGAAUUUUGGGGUGAAUACUAUGUGCCAACUAGUCCAGCUCAAGAGUCGGAGGAAUCAUCCAACAAUGUCUCGCCAAGUCUUAUUGACUCGGAAGAUAUCAAAAGAGAAUUUGGUCCCAACCGCACUGAAGAUGAUGAUCUGUCACAAUUGCACCUGAGCUCAGAUGUGAACAGCCUCAUGCAGCAGCACCCGUCUGCCUCGUCUUCCUCCUCAGAUGCUCCCCAGACGAGUAGCCUGGCUGAUCAGGUUGAAAAUAUUGUGAAUGAAUCUUGCCUUCUUGCGAUUGACACUGCAAAUAUCAGAACCUGUCCACUUUGGCUUCGCGCUCUUAGCGCCACCUUCGGGGCAACGAUGACAAUUGAAAAUGAUGAUGAAGGUAGUGUCGAAAUCGUUCAGACUGCACCUCCACAGGAAGAAGCCUUUGUGAUCUCAAUUUCCGUCCAUGUUCUGCUCAUGCAGAACUUUCAGGAUGACACCAUUGGCAGUGUAGUGACGUCCUUUGACAACGGUGCUAGACUGAGUGCUCCCUUCUCAGCUGCAGUUUGUCUCCCAAGGUCCACAGUGCCACUGUAUCAUGUCUCGGUAGUUUUUGUGCAUCUCGCUGCACCGAACGACCAAAGAUACUUCAUUGACUCCAUGAAGCCUUCUGAUGUGAAUGACCCAAUCUUUCACAUGCAAGUUUUGUAUCGAUUGGGUUUUGAAAAAGCAGUGGUCACGGACUUGCGACGUCAUCAGCAUGAUGUUUUUGAGAUUCAUUUUCAAGAGCCUGGAGGUCACUUCGAUGAACCAAUAGCGGCAGUACGGACACAGAAGCCUUGGCCAUCACCGCAGCCCUCAUUUCAACAUCAGCCAAUGUUUGUCGAUCAAUCAGGUGACUCAUCUUGCUGCUUGCUUGAUUUAGGCAUUUGCCCAGAGGAUUUGAAAGAUCUUUUCAUUCAUUCGUCAUGGCCACUUUGCCAAAUCAUUGAAGGUAUUGACCUCCCGGAGUGCUCCCUGGAAGCAUGUGGCCACCUAGUUCCAAACAUGGACUUUGAUCGCCUCAUCAUCCACACGGAUGGUUCUUCACAUUCAGGCAGGUUGCAUAGAUCAACAGCCUAUGUAGAAGAAUGCGCAAUACCAGAUGCAUGGGCCUUCCUUGUGUUGGGUGAGAAGUAUCAGCCGAACGGGACGUCAAGCCUGACGCUCAUUGGUUGGAUGGCGCAGCAAGUGCGAUAUGAUGAGGUAAACCCUUUUCAUCUUGGUGCCACAUCUGUCAACCCGCUGAUUGCGGAAAGGGAAGCGUUGACAUGGGCGUUUAUCUGGAGGAUCAUGCUCAACAGUACAAUCCCUACGACCUUUCGGACAGAUUCAUUAACAUCCAAAGGUCAGGCAGAGGGCACGAUCGGCUCUGCCCAUUGCGAUCUGUCGCUGAAACUCUUGAGAGGUUGCUAUCAGCUUCUGGAAACGGCUUUGGGCGCAUCUGCGCUACAGAUUUCUCAUGUGUUUGGGCAUCUUGGCGAUCCGUGGAACGAAUUUGUUGAUCAUGUGGCAAAAAUUGAAGCGGUGUCCAGUUUCUACCUGAUGAGACCUUCUUUGGAUCUCCACAAAUGGAAGCGACUUUUGCCUCACUUAUGGCUUCUGUUCGCAACUCAACAUGGUGCACCGACAUUUUGUGGAAAUGGAUUUCAUGUCCCGCCACCAGAUUUGCCAAGCACUGAGACUCUGGCUAGUGAAGAUUUUUCAGAUCGAACUGCAGGGAUUUCUCAGGUGAGCUUUACUCUGAGUUUGGCAUCCGCAAAUGUUCUUUCGCUUGGAAGACCAGCACAAGGACACAUCGGGAAAAUUGCAUAUUUGAGGAAACAGUUUGCUGACCUGCACAUCAACUUUCUUGGGCUGCAAGAGACUAGAGCUGACAAUGGUGCGUCUCUUGUUGAUGGUGUCCUCAGGCUCAGCUCAGAUGGCCUUUCAGAGCAUGUCAUUGACUAUGUUUUAGUGCCUUCACUGAUGUUUGGUGAUGUGACCCACUCCCAACUGCUGGAACGCUUCGACCUUGGUAACACUGUUUUGGAUCAUACCCCGGUAGCGCUUGAGUUGGCUUGGAAAAAGACCUUUCAACUGCCACCAGUGGCAUCAAUCACAAAUGUGCCAAGUUUUGAUCGACACAGCAUAGCGACAGCUGACCUAAGUGGGCCCCUGUUGCAACACCAAGUCCCUGAUUGGUCCACCAGUGUUGAUUUGCACUUCACUGCUCUUAGAGAUCAUUUUCUGCAGUGCCUCUCCACAUGUUGCCCCAAGCCUCGGAUCAAAGCAAAGAAGCCAUAUGUCUCCCCGGAGAUUUGGACCCUGCGAUUGCAGAAAUUGAAUUGCAGGAAACAGCUCAAGGAACAGAGACGCUUGUUGACCAGGGAAUCGCUCGCUAGAGUUUUUGUGGCAUGGAGGUCUCGCAACCGAUCGACCAGCCUUGUCACAGCAGAGCAAGACUGCAGCCUGAUGCUUUCUUUCAACUAUGGCACGCACUUCCCCGGGCCAGUUGCCAAACAGGUCUACACACUCAUGAUGAAGUCAGUGAUUCAAGGGCAUGAGCCUUUGGAAUUGAAGGGCGGAGUUGCCCUGCCGAUUUGGAAAGGCUUAGGAUCCAGUGAAGAUCAAGAGAGGCACUUGCGCCUUGACAAUCGCCUCCCGCCAUUGCAAGCACUGGGACCUCGUAGGCCACGCCCACGUGACAGAGAUUUGAACCUUGUUCACUGGGCCCUGCAUGAUUCCAUUGUCGAAGCCGCUUUUGCUCUCACAGACGAAAUUGACUUUGAACCCACAGUGCGAAGUCUGAUCGAGGAGACGCCCAUAUCCUGGACACGUUGUGUCGUGACCCUGCAGGAGUUGCGCACCACCAUGGACACUGAAACAGACUUGCCAGUCUUGAAAGUACAACGUUGCCUCGGGAAACACAAGAUCGUCCUGCACGCUUUCAGUGGUCGCCGUAGAUUAGGUGACAUACAAUUUUUCAUGGAGGAGCUUCAGAAGCCGAUUGCAGAUGGAACGCUGCUCCAUGUAGUGUCACUUGAUCUCAUGACAGAUCCUGUUUGGGGAGACGCAACCAGACAGGACACGAAAGACUUUUGGCGCAAUGCAGCAGAUGCUGGUCUUGUCCACGGCCUAUUGGCUGGACCCCCGUGCGAGUCGUGGUCACAAGCCAGAUUUGCUCAGAUGGGAGAGAAGACAGGCCCUAGACCAAUCAGGUCAGCGGAGGCCCUAUGGGGCAUGGAAUCAUUGAAUCUUCGCGAGCUGGCCCAGAUUCUGGUGGGGAAUGACCUCCUUUUCUUUGCGCUUGAUCUCCUAUUGAGACUCUACUUCUCUCAAGGUUUUGGAGUCAUUGAACAUCCUGAUGAACCAGAAGAAGACUACAAGCCUUCGAUCUGGAAGCUACCAAUUUUGACCAUUUUCCGCUUACUUCCUGGUUUUGAG